AUGACGUGCACAUCGUUAUCGUACAAUUCACACGCAAUCGUCAUAGAUACAUUACUUACGAACUUAUCAGACAUCCGUGUAGACAGACAGACGGACAGGCACACACACACAGACACACGUAUACAUGUGCGCAAAUAUAUACACACACACACACACACACACAUACAUACACACAUACACACACACAUAUACACACAUACACACACAUACAUACACACACACAUAUACACACACACACAUACACACAUACACACACACACACACGCACUCGAACAACCACGUACACAGGCAUACAACAUAUAUCUUUUUGCGCCCAUGCACAACCCGGAUGAACACGUUCAGAAUGGAUGUAAUGGUGGUCCUACAAGCGCUCAAAUGUUGGUCUAUGCGUGGGCGCACGUCUGUGUGAUACGUGAGAGAUUGUACAAUCUUCACCUUCACAGUCGCCAUACUUUGACCAUAAUAGCAUGUGGUCUAUCAUACCCAAUGAUCAAUUACUGGGUUACGGUAUUGACCUUUCCGCAGUGUCACGCCAUUAACUUUAGUUAA